AUGCUCUUACAAACUGUGAACCUCGCGAAUGUCUACUCGGAUCCAAAAACAAUCGUGGAUAAGCCUACCUCCAAGCGCUCGCAGCAGGUCCUCGCCGACUUUGCCGCGUUCUAUAAGAACGGCUCAGCGCUCGUCACCGAGGGCUCCAUCGUGAACUUCGAGGAUGACGACUUUGUCGGGGAGGGGCUCGAGAUUGAGCCUAUCUCGCUUGCGAACUUUGUGGAGGAACCCGCGUUUCUUGACAAUGUUACUGACCCACUGCUUCGUGCAUGGUCGCAAAUAGUGAGUGGAUACUGGGAGGAUCUAGUGCGGCAGACCAACAAGACUGCGACGUGCCCUGCCGGGACGGAGGAUGGCCCGUGUGAGGGGACGUUCAUUCCGCUCAACCACACGUUCGUCAUUCCUGGCGGACGUUUCCGUGAGCAGUCAUCUCAUCCCUUUAACUUUAACUAUACGCCGACAGACUACUGGGAUUCGUACUGGAUCGUGCAAGGCUUAUUGAAAUCGGAGUUGUACGACGUUGCCAACUCGACACUGCAGAACUUCAUGGACGAGAUUCAUACCUACGGCUUCAUUCCCAAUGGCGGUCGAAUCUACUAUUUGGAUCGUUCGCAGCCACCUAUGUUCACCAGGAUGGUGGCUGACUACGUUGCUGAGACCAACGAUACCUCUGUCCUCGAACGGGCUGUCCCCUCUAUCGAAAAUGAACUACAAUGGUGGAUGAACAACCGCAGCGUUUCGGUGACAAGCUCAUACACGGGCAAGACUUACACGAUGUUCCACUAUUCCGUGAAUAACUCUGCGCCUCGGCCAGAGUCGUACAUCGAUGACUAUUCCACCGCAUUCGACCCUACGCUACCCUCGCUCAGUGAGAGCGAGCGUUCUGCCCUGUAUGCCGAGCUCGCGAGCGGCGCUGAAACAGGUUGGGACUACUCGUCACGAUACAGCGCACAGCCUCUCGCUGGCGGCACGAACAACACGAACCCGACGUUGCGUACGCUGAAUGUGCGGAACAUCAUUCCCAUUGAUCUCAAUAGCAUUCUUUACAAGGCCCACACACUCGUCGCGGACAUGUACACCAGCUCAGGCAACAGCUCCGCCGCAGCAACGCAUCUAGCCGUCGCAGCCUCUCUGCGCGAGGGCAUCCUCGACCUGUUCUGGGACUCCAAGAAGCUGGCGUUCUACGAUUACAACCUCACCUCGAACGCGCGCAACGAUCUGUACAGUGCGGCGACAUUCUACCCGCUUUGGAAUAGCAUUAUACCGGAUGAGGUGCUCGCGUCGACGGAGAACGCGUUCGGCUUCUUCGCGGGUCUCAACCUUGUGCUUAACAGAUACAACGGUACUAUGCCGGUGACGUUCCUCGAGACUGGCCUGCAAUGGGAUGCGCCAAACACGUGGCCCCCGCACCAGUACAUCAUCCUCGAGGCCCUGAAGGCGCUCCCCUCCAACAUCACUACCAGCACGCUGCCGACGCCGCCCUCCAACUCGUCCACGUACGCGCUGGUGCCCGAGGGGCAGAUCGGCGUCGCGGAAGACGCGUUACCCGGGCAGCCCAUCGGCGGCGCGGGCAAGAACGCGACGAAGGUGGGUCCCGCGGCAGACAUCAGCCGGCUGGAUGGGACGGUCGUUAAUGGGGGGAACGCGACGGCGGGCGAAGGCUGGGCCCACGCCUUGCAGCGGGAGCUGGCGAACCGGUACUUUGCGAGCGCGCUGUGCAGUUGGCAUGCGACGGGUGGCUCGAUCCCGGGGUACCUGCCGAGGCUGUCGGACCAGGAGUUGAACGUCACGCAGAGCAUCAACAACACUGGGAAUAUGUUUGAGAAGUUCAACAUCACUGACGUCGACUCAUCCGGCAGUGGCGGGGAGUACACGGUUCAGGCCGGUUUCGGGUGGACAAACGGCGUGGUGCUCUGGAUUGCGAGCAACUACGGACAGGAGCUCGUCACCCCCGACUGUCCCGAUCUACUCACGAUUACCGGGAGAUCGGGCGGAGCUACGAAGAGUGCUGCAGUAAGCGCGUACGCGCGGCCGUCGUUGGCAAUACUUGCUGCGCUCAUUGCUAUUGUCAUCACGAACUCGCUGGCAUAA